CCAAACAAACUCAACUAGCAAGACAAUUUAGUUUAUUUGGAGGGUUCGUCGUGGUUCAUUAUUGUGCUAAUAUCCAUCUCCUAAAACUACGAGUUUUCAGCCAGAGGGAUUUACUGCACAAAAAACACCACUUUAAUCUUUGUAAUCUCCAUCAUGGUGAGAUUUUUGAACCACAUUUUGCUUCUUCUUUUGGUUACUUCGAUUAAUUUUUUGGCUUCUGAAGCACGUCCUCUCAAUAUCUUGAAGAUUCACGACUCUGACCUUGGUUCUGGCUCCGGCAAUGUGGCAACUUUUGAUCAGUUAAUCUUGGGUUCUAUUAAAGAUGGGCCUAGUCCUGGUGUUGGCCAAAAGUUUACAAACAGAGUACAAAUACUUGGAGGAAUUAAGGAUUCAGGUCCAAGCCCUGGAGCAGGACACUAAGUUGUCACUGGCAAUCAUCAAUAGUGGCAUGAACUACUAUAGUGUAAUAUUUGGCAUGCCUUAAAUUUUUAUUAAUAUUGAUUUGUUUCAUUCUUUGCAUAUAUAAUGUUUUAUUCUCUUUAAGCUAGGCAGAUCUAGAAUUUGGAGUAUACGGGAUUCUGAAUUUGAAAUUUAUACAUAUGAAAUUUAUUAUGUACACAUAUUUAGUAAAUUUUUCAAUAGAUUUGGA